UUAGCUCCUCCUCUGUGGUUUACGCUCACAGUCAGGCCAGGACGGCCCACCACUGCUUCCUUCCAUGCUAACCUUUUGCACAGAAAUGGAUUAACUAUUUUUUCAAAAAUGUUUCAAGUCUCAUUGAGAGAAUAAUGAGAACUCUCCAGAAGAUGUUUCCACAAUCAGGGAAAUCGAUUGUCUUUGACAACUUUCCAGAUCCCACUGACGCCUGGGACAUCAUCGAGACAAUCGGGAAAGGGACCUAUGGAAAGGUCUACAAGGUGCUCAACAAACUCGAUGGAAGUAAAGCGGCUGUAAAGAUACUGGAUCCCAUCCAUGAUAUUGAUGAGGAGAUCGAAGCAGAGUACAACAUCCUCAAAGCUCUGUCUGACCACACCAAUGUCGUCAAAUUCCACGGGAUGUACUACAAGAAGGAUGUGAAAUGUGGAGACCAGUUGUGGCUCGUGCUGGAGCUCUGCAAUGGUGGCUCUGUGACAGAUCUGGCUAAAGGCAUGCUGAAGAGAGGAGACCGAAUGGAUGAACCUAUUAUUGCCUACAUCUUGCAUGAGGCCCUCAUGGGCCUCCAGCACCUGCACAUCAAUAAAACCAUCCACCGUGACGUCAAAGGCAAUAACAUCCUGUUGACGACGCAUGGAGGGGUCAAACUUGUUGAUUUUGGUGUUUCGGCCCAGCUGACAAAUACCCGUCUGAGGAGGAACACCUCUGUGGGAACUCCCUUCUGGAUGGCUCCGGAGGUAAUAGCAUGUGAGCAGCAGCUGGACUCAACCUACGAUGCUCGUUGUGACGUCUGGUCGCUCGGCAUCACCGCCAUAGAGCUGGGAGAUGGAGACCCGCCCCUCUCCGAACUCCACCCAAUGAGAGCCCUUUUCAAAAUACCUAGAAAUCCUCCGCCUACUCUCCACCAGCCGGAGCUCUGGUCAGACGACUUUAAUGACUUCAUCUGCAAAUGUCUGAUUAAGGACUUUGAGCUGAGACCAAAUGUGCUAGAUCUGCUCCGGCAUGUGUUCAUCAAACAGAUUGUUGGCAGAGAGAAAAUACUGGCGAAGCAAUUGAUCGAACUCAUUGAUCUCAACCAACAAAUAGGAGUCAUUGAUAAAACAAGCCAUCAUGGAAAGACAGACAGAAGCACAGACAGUAAUGACAGGCAUGAACGCAUCCACACUAAAAAAGGAAGCCACAUGAAGACACAGAGUGACCCAGAUGAGGUGGAAGACCUCGCCACCUUAGAAGUCCUGGAUGAGAACACGGUCACAGAGCAGCUUCAGAGUCGCUAUGGACGAGAUCAGAUCUACACGUAUGUGGGAGACAUCCUCAUCGCAGUCAAUCCUUUCCAUAAGAUGGACAUAUACACUCCUGAGUACACCAAGAUGUACAUCGGAGCUAAGCGUACAGCGAACUCACCACACAUCUUCGCUGUGGCCGAUGUUGCCUACCAGUCCAUGGUGUCAUACAAUGUAGACCAGUGUAUUGUGAUCAGUGGGGAAAGUGGAGCUGGGAAAACAGAGAGCGCUCAUCUGUUGGUGCAGCAGCUGACAGUACUUGGAAAGGCCAACAAUCGGACGCUCCAAGAGAAGAUCCUGCUGGUCAACAGCCUGGUGGAAGCAUUUGGAAACGCUUGCACCGCCAUCAAUGACAACUCCAGCCGCUUUGGCAAGUACCUGGAGAUGAAAUUCACCUGCGGAGGAACUGUGGUCGGAGCGCAGAUAUCCGAAUACCUGCUGGAGAAAUCCAGAGUCAUCCACCAGGCAGUAGGGGAGAGGAACUUCCACAUCUUCUACUACAUUUACGCCGGCCUGGCUGACAGGAAGAAACUGGCACACUACAAGCUCUCUGACAGCAAGACACCAAAGUACCUGUGUAACGAGCACAUUAAAUUAGGGCCUGACAUCGUGAGCAACACCUUCUACAAGGAGCAGUUUGAUGCAGUGGAGCAGUGUUUCAAAGUCAUUGGAUUCACCCUGGAGGAGCUGGGCAGCGUUUACAGCACUCUGGCUGCCAUCCUCAACUCCGGCGACAUUGAGUUUUCUCCGGUUGCCACGGAGCACCAAACAGACAAGAGCGACAUCUCCAACAGUUCUGUCCUGGAGAACGUGGCAUCGCUGCUGUGCAUCCGCUCAGACGAGCUCCAGGAAGCCCUGACCUCCCACUGCGUCGUGGCCCGGGGAGAGACGAUCGUCAGGCCCAACACGGUGGAGAAGGCGGCGGAGGUAAGGGACGCCAUGGGCAAGGCCCUCUACGGCCGCCUCUUCAGCUGGAUCGUCAACCGCAUCAAUGCGCUGCUGCGGCCCGACAGCCAAGGAGAGGAUGACAAGGGCUUGAACAUCGGCAUCCUGGACAUCUUCGGUUUUGAGAACUUCAAGAAGAACUCGUUCGAGCAGCUCUGCAUCAACAUCGCCAACGAGCAGAUCCAGUUUUACUUCAACCAGCACAUAUUCGCUUGGGAACAGGAUGAGUACCUGAACGAGGAGGUGGACGCUCGGAUGAUUGAGUACGAGGACAACCGGCCCCUCCUGGACCUGUUCCUGCAGAAGCCCAUGGGGAUGCUCUCACUCCUGGACGAGGAGAGUCGCUUCCCACAGGCCACCGACCAGACCCUCGUAGAGAAAUUUGAAGAUAACCUGAAGACCAAAAACUUCUGGAGACCAAAGAGGGUCGACCUUGGCUUUGGUAUUCACCACUACGCUGGAAAGGUGAUUUACAACGCUGCAGGCUUCUUGGCCAAGAACAGGGACACGCUACCGGCCGACAUCGUCCUGCUGCUGAGGUCGUCGGAGAACGAGCUCACUCGCAAACUCGUCACCCAUCCUCUCACCAAGACAGGCAACCUUGCCCACACCAAGGGUAAAGGCAUAAACACAAUGCGCAGCCCGCGGACCCCGACACGCACCAUCACCUUCGCCAAGAUGGGAGUGCUAACCUUAUACAGUUCUUUUUCUUUCAGCGAGUCUUCUCGGGAAAUAAAGUUCGCACCUGAAAAAAAAUGCGUGCUUCCUAUGCCUCUUGAUGCCACAGUGCAAAUGCAAACGCCGGGUGAACCUGCAGACACGCCGUACCACCCGAGAGAAACCACCAACAUGAGAACACAGACAGUGGCCUCCUACUUCAGAUACUCUCUGAUGGACCUGCUGUCCAAGAUGGUGGCAGGGCAGCCUCACUUUGUUCGCUGCAUCAAACCAAACAACGAUCGCCAAGCCGCCAAGUUUGACCGGGAGAAGGUCCUGGUUCAGCUGCGGUACACCGGAGUUCUGGAGACCGCCAAGAUCCGGCGGCAGGGCUACUCUCACCGCAUCCUGUUUGCUAACUUCAUGAAGAGGUACUACAUCUUGGCUUUCCACGCUCACGAGGAGCCGGCUGUGACUCAAGAAAGCUGCGCCGCGAUACUGGAGAAAGCCAAGCUGGGGAACUGGGCAAUGGGGAAGACUAAGGUGUUCCUCAAGUACUACCACGUUGAGCAUCUGAACCUGAUGGUGCAGCAGGCCACACAGCGGCUCGUUCUGCUCCAGGCUUACGUCCGAGGCUGGCUGGGAGCCAAGCGAUACCGCCGGAUAUUAAAAGAGCGGGAACAGAGCGCUCUGGUGCUGCAGUCAGCUUACAGAGGUCAAAAAGUUCGGAAGAGGGUGGCUGAUGACAAAAGCAAAGCAAAGUUUGAGGCCUUCGUUGUCCAGUUUCAGGCUGUUUGCAGAGGCUAUCUUGCAAAAAAGAAAUACAAGGAGUUGGUCGAUGAGAAGAACAAAGCUGCAACAAAGAUUCAGGCUCGUUACAGAGGACACAAGGAAAGGAAAAGCUUAAAAAAAAAACGGGAUGAGAAAGAGAAAGAGAAAGCAGAGCAGGCCCUUAAAGAAAAAGAGGAAGAGACUCCUGAACCAGAGAAGAGCACCAACGAAGAAACCUCCCCUGCUCCCGUCGACGAAGUGGUUAACGAGGAAGAUGAAGCUAAGGCUGCUGUGGUUCUCCAGAGCAACUUCAGGGGCUACAAAGAGAGGAAAAAGUUUAAGGAGAGAAAAAAGACGAUGGCGGGGGCCGAAUUAGAGAUACCACCAAAUAUAGCAGAAGAGCCUAGCAGCAAAGAAGAGGACAAGACCGCUGAUAAACAAGGGGAGAAUGACGACGAAGACGAAAGUACGUAUGAAGCGGAGGAGAACUAUGACAGCGAUCACACUCAGGUGCCAGAAGAUGAAGAGAAUACAGUGGUGGAAGAUGAAGCAGUGAUUGUGGACGUACCGGUAGCAGAUGCUGGAAAAGAGGAGGACAAGAUGGAGGAGACGGCUGCAGGGGAAGAGGUUGUUAACAUAGAAGACGAAACCAAGGCGGCCACUGUCCUCCAGAGUAACUUCAGAGGUCACAAAGAGAGGAAGAGGUUGCAGGACGAAGGCAAGAUCCCAGCUAAGAAACAGAAAGCAAAAAGCCCGACUGAUGAAGAAGAAGUGCCCACAGUGAGCAGCCCUACGAGUGAAGAAGAGGUGUCCGAAGUUCAAGCGACAGAAAAAGAAGAAGAAUCAACGGAAGCUCAAGAUGCAGCAGAUGUUUCUUCAAGUGACGUCAAGUCAGACGACCAAGACGAGGCCAAAGCAGCUACGGUGCUGCAGAGCAACUUCCGCGGCCACAAGGAGCGCAAACGACUCGAGGAGGAAGGGAAGAUCCCGAAGAAGAAGAAAAAAGAAGUCACACCAGAACCUCCAAAAGAAGAAGAAGAAGUAGAGGUAACGCAGACAGAAGAAUCAGUGCCAGAAUCUCAGCCGGACGGAGUGGACGAGGAAAAAGCUGCCACUGUCCUUCAGAGUAACUUCAGAGGCCACCGAGACCGAAAGAAACUGAAAGCAGAGAAAGAAACACAAAAUAAAGCACAGGAAGACGCAGCCAAUGAUGCAGAAGAAGAAGAAGAAACUAAAGAAGAGGAGUUAGAGGAGGAGGCAGAGGAGGAGGAGGAACUGGAUGUUACUGAUGUGAUUAUAGAACGUAAAGAAGAGACAGAUGCUGAAAAAGAAAGACAGGAGGAAGAGCAGGCUGCGGUGAAGAUCCAGAGCAACUUCAGAGGCUACAAGGACAGGAAGAACCUGAAGGCCAAUAAGCAAACAGCACAUAAAGAAGCCGCACGACUAGAGAGCUUCUCCAAACAGAUCAAAAAGACUUCUCAGGACUUUGUUGCCCUUCAGCAGAAGUUGAAUGAGAUCAUCGAGGCCCAUCAAUCAAACCCAGAGAAGAACGGCAUGUUUGUGAGAGGAAAAGCAAUCAAUGGCUAUGCUCCCCCGAUUCAACAAUCAGCUGAUAAGCGACAGUCGAGGACCCCCCGCAGGACGCAACAGCCGAAGACCCUGAACACACCAGAGGACUCCACCUAUUACAACCUGAUUCAUCGGUCUGUCCAGGAUGAUAAACGCAAGCCCAGGAAAGAGGAUCCAGGGAAGCUGCUGGAUGUGGAUGACAACUACUACCGGGAACUGUCCACCAGCAGGUCUGAGCCCUGCAUCUCCACAGAGGACAUGUCCCCCAGCAGCAUGCCUGAGAGGAGGCAGUCUGAAGAGAGGAGAGGAUCCACGAGGAGGCAGUCUGUAGAGAGGAGAGGGUCCACAAAGAGGAGACAGUCUGUAGAGAGAAGAGGGUCCACGAAGAGGACGCAGUCUGUAGAGAGAAGAGGGUCCACGAAGAGGAGGGAGUCUACAGAGAGAAGAGGGUCCACGAAGAGGAGGGAGUCUACAGAGCAGACAUCAGCUGCUGCCAGUAGACCGACCAGAGAGAGGGCCGUCACUGAACCAGCGACUUCCAGUCCUCUCGGUGACAACAGGCGCUCAGUUCCCAGAAUGCUCUCCACAGAUAGUCGGACUGAUGACGACAACCCCCACGACUUCAGACACCUACUGAGGAAGACCUCCCAGAGACGAAGACUCAUCAAACAGUACUGAACACACGACUGGACUUUUUCAACCAUUUAGCUCCUAAUCUAUCAAAAAUCUGAAUGUGGAAAUGUAUCAUCAUACAUCAUGCUGUAAGAUAUAUGAGCAUUUCAUUCAUCACAGCUUCUUAACAACGUGAAAAUCACUGACUGCAUUGAUUAUAAGUCACCACCAGUCUUAUUAAUCUGAAUGCAGCAUAGACAGGAUGAAAGUCAAUGUAAAUAAUAUGUUAUAACCUUAAAACUGUAAAUUAUUUAUGUAAUUUGUAAACUAGACAGCGCUACAGUACAUUUGCUCAUUUUGGUUGGUCAAAUAUUGUGUUUGAGGUUGUCCAUAUCCAUUUAAACACCAAAUAGAAUUGUAUAAAAUAUAUCUAUACAUCAUGUAAAUACAAAAGUCAUGUUCUUACACUUUGCAUUUCAAUCCAUUUUUGAAGGAUGUAUCUUGCGAAAAAAAAAAAGAAGCUGCUUCACUGUUGUAAGAAAUGUACAUUCUGUCCUCUGCUGUAAUCUCUGUUUUGUUCAUUUAAAACGUAAAAUAUAUCAAA